UUGGAGUAUUGGAGAAACUAAAACAUCACAUCAGUUUGGAGGCAGUGACACGAAUGCUGUAAUCAUGACCGGAAAGAAACUGGAAAAGACCGGCCACUGCAGUUGCAACACGGACCAACAGUACGUGAAUCCUUCGUUCGAACAAGACGCCAAUGUGGGGCCUUCGUACAGUUCCCGGCGGUACAGCGACAAUCUGGGCCAUUCUGGGGAAGUUGCAUGUGCCAGUUCCUGCAAUGCGGCCGCAGAGAAUGGCAGUUGUGCCGUUCAUAGCAACAUUAGUUCACAUCGCAAGGGUCACAGACGGCAAGAGUCAAUGUCAAUGACCGGCCUCUAUUCCGAGACAAACAGCGGCGAUGACAGCAGCAUUGAUCUAGCCGAGGAUAGUGUACUGGCCAGUGGUCCAGCUAAUCCUAUCGGCAGCACUGCAACUACAACAAUGUCCACAGUACUUACGAAUAAUGCCCGAAAUCUUCAAGCCAAAACAUCAUCCUGCUCCGAUUCGGUGAUUAAGUGUCACAGCCGUCAGUCGUCGGCUGUUCUGGGAAAUGCCCUCCACAGUCAUAACAAUUUACAUGGAAACCAAAAUGCCUACGCUGGGGCAAGUAACAAUGCAACUUGUGGCCUUAAUGAUGAUGACGACGAUUUGCGAUCCAAGAACUGUGGCAUAAUGGCGUGCCGGCCAAGAGGCGUACAAAGUUCGCACCGCAUCAAGAUUUUGUGCUGCUGUUGUCGAUGUUGUCACCCUGCAGCAGGCAUUGAGUUCGGCUACAUCAAUUCGGUGAUAACAACCAUUGAGAAGCGUUUCGAAAUACCGUCCAGUUAUUCUGGUCUAAUAGCGUCCAGUUAUGAGAUUGGCAAUGUGAUUACCGUUAUAUUUGUGAGCUAUUUGGGAAGCAGACGUCAUAUACCGGUGUGGAUCGGCAUUGGUGCAGUCAUUAUGGGCAUUGGCUCUUUGGUGUUUAUGGUUCCACAUUUUACGGGCGAGCCCAAUCCUGGUGUUAGUAUCGCCAAUGAGACUACGGAUAAUAUUUGUCGCAGUGCGUUGGUGCGAAAUCAAGACAUGGAUUUGGGCAGACUGUCUAGCGGUCUCUCAAAUCCUCCCUUGGCACCGCAUACGUUGAGAGAAGACAACUGUCUUGAAGGCAAAUUGUCUACAUUUGGCCCUGUACUGUUAUUUGUCAUAGCUCAACUGCUCUUAGGAUGUGGUGGCAGUCCUCUGUUCACACUGGGCACGACCUAUGUCGACGAUCACGUGAAAACGGAAAGUUCAUCCAUGUACAUUGGUUGCAUGUACAGCAUGGCUGCCUUUGGGCCUGUGGUAGGUUUCCUUUUGGGUGCCUAUUUGCUGUCUUUCCACAUGGACUCGCUGUCAUCGUCGAUAAUUUCGAUUGACCCGGGUGAUCGCCGUUGGGUUGGUAUGUGGUGGGGAGGUUUUCUUCUGUGUGGAGUUUUGUUGCUCAUAGUUGCUAUACCAUUUUUCUCAUUUCCAAAGGUUCUCACACACGAAAAGAAGAAAAUUCGCAAAGCCUCUGUUGUCGUGCAGCCAGCAAUACCAAACAAUUCAAACAGUCUACCGCGAACCACUGACGAAAUUGGUCGAGUUAAAAAGGAAAUUGUAUCGGUGGCCCCCAAAGAUGAACCGGAAAAACCCAAAGUCGAUACGGGCUAUGGCAAAGAUAUUAAAGAUAUACCCCAAUCCAUGCUUCGAUUAGUUACCAAUCCAGUUUAUAUUGUCACAUGUCUAGGCGCCUGCAUGGAAUUGAUGAUAGUUUCUGGUUUUGUGGUAUUUCUUCCCAAGUAUUUGGAAACACAAUUCAGUGUCGGCAAAAGCCAGGCAAGUGUUUUCACUGGAUCUAUUGCCAUACCAGGAGCGUGCAUUGGCAUCUUUAUUGGCGGGUGUGUUCUUAAGAGAUUCCAGUUGAAACCAAAAGGAGCAGUUACGUUUGUCUUGAUAUCCAACAUCAUCUGUUUGGGAUGUUAUGCUCUGCUAUUCUUUCUGGGCUGCGACAAUCUCAAGAUGGCUGGCACAACCAUGCCUUACUACAAUAACUCUAAGCAUGGAACCUUGGAACCAUUCCAAGUAAAUUUAACGGCUGCCUGCAAUUUUGGUUGUGAAUGUUUGACCAGUGAUGUUGAACCUGUGUGUGGCAAUAAUGGCCUGACAUAUUUCAGCCCAUGUCAUGCGGGAUGCACUGCCUUUUCGUCCAGUUCCAAUUACACAAAUUGCGCAUGUGUCCAUGCCAACAUUUCUAGCAGCAUUUACAUGGGAGCUGGUGGCAGCCAUGCAGAGGCCCUGAAUGCCAAUGAAAACUUUGCAGAAGUCACUGUAGUUCCUGUUGCCACUGCCGGACCUUGUGCCAAUCCCUGCCGCAACAUUUAUCCGUUCCUUAUUCUACUCUUCUUUAUGACAUUUAUUGUGGCAGCCACUCAAAUGCCGCUUCUUAUGAUUGUACUGCGCUCCGUGUCCGAGGAGGAGCGCUCAUUUGCUCUCGGGAUGCAAUUUGUAAUAUUCCGUUUGUUUGGCUAUAUCCCAGCACCGAUUCUGUUCGGCAAUCUCAUCGAUUCCACUUGCCUUUUGUGGAAGUCUUCGUGUGGCGAGAAAGGAGGCCGUUGUCUUAUUUACGACAUUGAAAAGUUCCGUUACAAAUAUGUGGGUCUUUGCGCAACAGUCAAAAUAGUAGCUCUGGUGAUAUUCAUCAUAGAUUGGUGGCUCGUUAGGCGCCGCAAGCAAUUGGACAAAACAAAACCAUUGAACCCAAGCGAUCCAGUAAUAGGAUCCAUCAUUAGCUUGGACAAAUUGUUUGAAGAAAAACUGGCUGUCAAUGAAUCCAACUUGAAUUAUGAUGAUAGCGGUGAGCUGGCUUUGAAAUCCGAUACAUAUCGCCAUUCUCGUAAUAAUUCACGUACAAUUCAACUGGAAUAUGGUUACGAUAAAUGCAGUAACACAUUGCCGGCCAACAAUCCAAACAUUCCCCAGACAAAAUCAAAGAAACACUUCCGUAGUGCUUCGUGUGAUGUGAAGAUGAUACGAAGUUUUGCCAAGGAUCACAAUACCAACACCAACAAUCCCAUGGACGCCUGUGAAACAUCCAAAUUCAAAAAUUUGAAAAAACUUCACACACAUUCCCGCAAUAAUUCAAGUGACCUUAAUUCUGAGUUCCGCCAUAAAUUGGUAGCACACUCCAAUUCCUGUUCACGGGAUGAUCCAAAUUUCAGCAUACGCUUUAUACAAAAUCAACUAAAACCGCAAGCAGAUGAAGAAGACGAAGAUGAACUGACAACUGGAUGUGGUCAUUUCGUGCGAAAACAUUCGCGCAACCACUCCUAUGACCAGAUAUACAUGCCGAACAACAUCAGAUUUGAUCCGGAGUUUCUGCGAGGUCAUCAUAACCAUCACAACAAUAAAAAGAACGUAAAUUUGCUCAAAAAUGUGGUAAUGGAAAAUAAAUUGAAGAACUCCAAUGAAACAAAUGAGGCGGUGCUAACCACUGCCUUGGACUCGCAAGGUCAUUCGCGCAACAAUUCGAAAGAUCUUAAUAUAAGAAUUGCUCAAACCGCCCCCGGCUCUACUAUUAACAGCAGCACUUCCACUAACGUAGGUAAUGAUACAACAGCUUUAAGUAUUCUAAGACAUCGUCGCACCAACUCCAAGGACUUAAAUAACAGUACAACUGCUUCAAAUCUUGGCGAAAACACCGGGGCGACACCGGCGGUACCCGCCACUUCAUCCGCAAGCCAUAAGAAACAUUCACGUAAUCCCUCCCAUCAGAAAAUACAAAUCGAUGACGACCGUAGCGGAUUGAUUGGUCCGGAUGACGAGGACGACGACGACAACGACGACAAUGAAGGGGCUCAACAAAAGGUUGUCAGUAUUUAGAGGGAGGGAAUUGCUGCAAUCAAAUUGUCUCUACAACGGUUUCCUAUAGUUAAACACUAUUAUGCUAAGAAUCCUUCCUAUAGAAGUGCAAUAAUACAUUCCCUUUUAUUUUAUGCAUCGAUUUAUGGACAGAUAAUGACAUUUCUCGCAGAGUUGUGGAUAUUCAAAUGUUUGCUUUAAGUUAACACAACUUGCAAUGAGCAGAAUUCAGAUAAUUAAAAUGUGUCGAGAUUAACGUUAAAUAUGCUGUGAAAAUAGAUGAAUGGGUUUUGAAUAUCUCUCUAACAAGAUCAAGCUAUUUACUACCUUGCUUUUGGCAUAUUAAUAUGUCUAGCUUACAAAAUCUGCAACGAAACUAUCCAUACAGACACGCCGCAUGCGUUAUCAAUAAUUUCUGUUACAUAUCAUUUUUGUAGGCUUUCACUAGGCUAAAUCCUGCCAAGCCUAAUUUCAGGACUCUAAUAUCGUUUUAAAUGCACAUCAUAUCGGAUGAUCUGUACUUAUUUAAUUUAGCAUUCUUCUAGAAACAAUACAUUAAUCACAUCAAUUCUCAUCAACUUUGAUUUUCGAAAAUAAAAUGUCGGAGAGUUGAGAUGGCGUCGACAAUGGACUUGAGAUGAAGUGAAAUUUGAUUCAUACCAAAUUUCUAGACUGUACGUGGAAUAUACAUACAUAUGAUAGAAGAAGAAGAAGCCUGGAAGAUAGUUGUUUGAGCAAUUCAUACAAUAACUAAAUAAGUACUUAGGUGUAGUAAAAAGAAUAAAACUAUUAUCAAUUAACGUAUUUAGAUACAAGAGUCUAUGACUGUUUUAUGUACAUCAACAAUAAUCAAUUUUACCUAAGAAACAAUAGGACGAAUACUGGUUAAUACAAUGAGCUUGAUGUUACUAGUGGGACAUUAUUUGUGAAGGUUUUCUAUUGGAAAUUUCUUCUUUCUUUCUUUUGAAUUUAAAUGGAAAAUAUAAAUUCCUAUGAAUGCGACCCAUUGUAAUAUUCAAAUAUAGUUAUUUGUAUGAGCCAGUUUGUGUGAUACAUAUACCAAGUUAAAAAUGAAAGUAAAAUAACAAUAUUAACAAUUUAGAUAAAUGAGAAAUGAAACUGAGACUAUUUUACAUAGAAUGCGAUUGAUUUUAAAGAAUUAGCAAAAGAUCAGACACACAUUCAGACACUAAAAAUCUGCAAUAAAUUAUUUUUAACAAUAAAAAUAAUAAUAGUAGUAGUAAUGACUAUUUCACAUUUUAGAAUAAAUUAUGUUGUAUCAAGCAAAUGGAAAAAAAUGUCAAACCACAUGUUACAGAUAAUACAUACACACUGGUGUAUAAAUAGUCAAAAAUUCUACACUACAUAUUCAAUGGUGUAAAGUCGUUUUACAAUUCCUAUAUUAUACUAUAAAAUGUCUGGAAAUGAACAGCUGUGAAAAAGUCUUGUACAAGACGUCAUAUUUCGAUUGUGUUUUCAUUUCUACAACAAAACAAAUAUUUUUUCUUCAUUUAAAUGCAGGGUGUAUGCGGAGUAGUGGCAGGGUAUUUAUUAUUUAUUUAUCUAUGCAAUUGGUUUACAUGGUACAAUAUGACUACGUGGGACUAUGCUAUGCCAAUUUGAAAUAAUUCGUCUAAUCCAUAGGUGUGUAUGUAUGCCAACAACAGAAAUCUGUAGAAAAAACACAAGAAAAAUAAUCCAUAAAUAAGAUAUAAAUAUUUAAAUGAAGAUAUUUUAGAUGUUUAAGUAGAAAAUGAAAUUUUUAUCAAAUAAAUAUUUUUUAAAUUAUAAAUAACGCUGCUGCAGAACUCAUGUCCAAUGGUAAUAGAAGAAAUAUUUAUUUUUGCUCCGAUUUUGUUGUUUAAGUAACACACGAUUGUUAUAAAAAUUGCGAAUUUCAAUUUAAGAAGAAACACAAUAUAUAUCUAACACAUACAUAUGUACGUAGAAAGAAAAAAAAAAAAAAACAACAACAACAACCAGAGAUACAAUUGUCAAUGAAAAUGUGCUGUGAAAAGACAUCUGCGUUAAAUUACUUUAACCAGUCGAUUAAAAAUAAUGAAUAAAAACAAUAUAUUACACACAUAAAUGUAAUCAAUUUUCAACACUGAAUGAUAUAUGAUUUUAUCGGAUAGAAGAUAUAUUUAAUAGACAUCAAUAUUUUUUAGCAUUAAUGAAUUGAUAAUUAGAUCUAUUGAACAGAUAUACAAGCCCAUUAUAAAAACAAAUUAUGUUCUUUUUAAAUUAAUGAAUCACAUUCACACACGUACACACAUUAAUAUAUAAAUAAAGAAUGAAUAUAUACAUACACAUAACGUCGGCUACUUUGUAAUUAGUUGAAAAUUAUGCCUUAAUGAAAAUUAAUUUAUAUGAAUUAUUAAAAAAGGAAAUAAAUGUAUUUUUAAGAGCAACAUUAGCCAACAAACAA